AUGUCCACCAAUUCAAUCAAGCUUUUAGCUAGCGAUGUACACAGAGGAUUAGCUGAGUUAGUUGCUAGAAGAUUAGGUACACGGAUUACACCUUCUGAAUUCAAAAGAGACUCCAAUGGUGAAGUUCAGUUUUCUAUUGGAGAAUCAGUGAGAGAUGAGGAUAUCUUUAUUGUAUGCCAAAUUGGUUCAGGUAUUGUCAAUGACAGGGUUGUGGAGUUAUUGAUCAUGAUAAAUGCUUGUAAGACUGCAAGUGCUAGAAGAAUUACUGUUAUAUUACCAAACUUUCCGUAUGCAAGGCAAGAUAGAAAAGAUAAAUCAAGAGCUCCUAUUACUGCCAAAUUGAUGGCCGAUAUGCUUACAACUGCUGGUUGUGACCAUGUUAUCACAAUGGACUUACAUGCUUCUCAAAUCCAAGGUUUCUUUGAUGUGCCUGUCGACAAUUUGUAUGCUGAACCAUCAGUUGUGCGGUACAUAAAGGAAAAGAUAAACUACAGAGAUGCUAUAAUCAUUUCUCCAGAUGCCGGUGGAGCCAAAAGAGCUGCCGGUUUGGCCGAUAGAUUAGAUUUGAAUUUCGCCUUGAUUCAUAAAGAAAGAGCCAGAGCCAAUGAAGUAUCAAGAAUGGUUCUUGUUGGUGAUGUUACAGACAAGAUUUGUAUUAUUGUUGACGAUAUGGCUGAUACUUGUGGGACAUUAGCUAAAGCUGCUGAAGUUUUAUUGGAGAAUGGUGCCAAGCAAGUGAUUGCCAUUGUUACUCAUGGAAUUCUUUCAGGCAAUGCCAUAAAGAACAUCAACAACUCCAAGUUGACUCGUGUUGUUUGUACUAAUACUGUUCCAUUUGAAGAGAAGCUAGGAUUGUGUCCUAAAUUAGACACCAUUGAUAUUUCUGCCGUGUUAGCUGAAUCUAUUAGAAGAUUGCACAAUGGUGAGAGUAUUUCUUACUUGUUCAAGAAUGCUCCAUUGUGA